GCCCGAGAAUUUAACAGCUACCACUUCGCUAAGCCUCUGUGUGUCCCAUCUCUCGCAGCUGAACCUGGACAAGGACAAGUUUGAGAUUCACCUCGACGUCAAGCACUUCAGUCCCGAAGAAAUCCGAGUCAAGGUCCUCGGUGACUUUAUUGAAGUCCAAGCCCAACAUGAAGAGCGCCAGGAUGAGCACGGCUACAUCUCGAGGGAGUUUCACCGCAAGUACAGGAUCCCGGCCGGCGUGGACCCCACUCUGAUCACCUCCUCCCUGUCCGCGGACGGGGUGCUGACCGUCACCGGGCCCAGGAAGCUGUCCGACGUCCCCGAGCGAUCCGUGCCCGUCUUCCGAGAGGAGAAGCCCGCUGCGUCGGAGAAGUAAACCCCCGCCCUCUGCCUCCGGGUCUGCCUUCCGUCAGGCUGGGCGGGAGGCAGCCUCGAACCACGGCAGCAGCAUAUUGCCCCGGCGCUGUUACCACGCUGUGUGAUCACACACACACACACACAGACAUAGCCCUCUUCGCAAUAAACCAUCUAUCUCCCUUGCUCCGCAUUAG